AUGUAUUGGAGCAAUGGCACUCGUAUUCCAUCGAUUGCUGACACAAUGAGUGUGGGCCGGUUCGACAAGCUGAAGCAGUACCUGCAUUGCAAUGACAAUACAGAAAUGCUCCCAAGAGAUAAUCCCAACCACGACAAAUUAUUCAAAGUGAGACCAGUGAUUGAUUCCGUCUUGGAGAAAUGCAAGCUACUCCCCCAGGAAGAAAAGCACUCGAUUGAUGAACAAAUCAUUCCUACAAAGUGUAGAACUGGUCUACGACAAUAUCUCCCAAAGAAGCCACACAAAUGGGGUAUAAAGGUGUGGGCAAGAUGUGGAGUUAGUGGCAUGGUGUAUGAUUUUCAAAUAUACACUGGAAGUGGCUCUGGAUCAGAGGACGAUGAUCCCCUCCUAGGAGUAGGUGGCAAUGUUGUCAGGCAUUUGUGUAGUUCCCUUCCAAAGAAUGUUGGGCACAAAGUGUAUUUUGACAAUUAUUUUUCCUCAGUCCAUCUACUACGGCAUCUAGAACAAGCAAGAAUCUGGGCUGUUGGUACGAUUAGAGCUGAUCGAUUGAAAGGGGCGGAAAAAUUGCUAAACAACAAAAAAGAGUUGAGCAAGAAAGGACGGGGUUCUUCUGACUGGUGUGUUGAUGCUGAUACAAAUAUUACUAUAGUGAGAUGGAUGGAUAAUGGCUUGGUUCAGUUGAUCUCCAACCAUGUAGGAAAUUCCAUGGGAACACCAGCUAAGCGAUGGUCAACGAAAGAGAAAAAGCAUGUUGAAAUACCAAGACCCCAGAUAGUUGAGGAAUAUAAUGAGCACAUGGGUGGUGUCGACUUAUGUGAUAUGCUGAUGGCCUUGUAUCGAAUCAAGUUACGCUCCACAAAAUUCUACAUGCACAUCCUAUACUAUUGCCUCAACCUUUCAAUUGUCAAUGGUUGGCUGCUCUAUCGAAGACAUGCAUCCCAGAAAAAUGUACCAGGAAAAGCCCAAAUGGAUCUCCUAAAAUUUCAGACACAAGUUGCAACUGCCCUACUUAUGGUGGACAAGGUCAGAAAACCACAGCGCGGCCGACCGUCCUUGACACCCCCUCCAAAGAAGAAAACCAAGUGUCAUGUAAUCCCUACUCCCAUAGCUGAUGUGAGAUAUGAUGGGGUUGGACAUAUGCCUGAUUUUAGUGAGAAAAAACAGCGCUGUCGCCAUUGUCCAAAAGGAUAUUCAUUUAUUCAAUGUACAAAGUGCCAAGUCCACCUAUGUUUGGUGAGAGGGAAGAACUGUUUUAAAGACUUUCAUUGUAAGUAA